AAAAACUUCGUAGAACUUUUGGGGGGUCGAAAUUGUAAUAAAAAACUAAAUUCUGCAUUCCUUUUUUCCCCUUCUAUUUGUAAUUAUUAUUUUAAUAAGCUGUAAUGUUUUUGCAAGUUUUCUGGUCCGGUUUGCUAUUUGUACCCUUGCUAUUUGCAGAAGCCAGGCUCUCUAAGCGGUAUGUCGUUGGUUGUCCCGGCCGAUGCGACAAGUCCCAGUGCCCUCCGAUUCCAGCAGAAUGCCUCGCUGGGGACACACUUGACCUAUGCGACUGCUGUCCGGUCUGCGCAGUCGGGGAGGGAGAGUCCUGCGGCGGCUCGGGGAGGCUCGGGGAACCGGUCUGCGGAGAAGGGCUGGAGUGCUCUGUUUCAGAUGGCGUGGCUCACUCUCUGACUGUGAGACGGAGGGGCAAAGCUGGGGUGUGCGUCUGCGAAAGCUCCGAAACAGUUUGCGGGAGCGACGGCUUGUCCUACAGAAAUAUCUGUGAACUGAAAAGAGUCAGCCAGCGUGCGGAGAAACUUAGGCGGCCGCCUGUAAUCUUCAUUCAGAGAGGAGCGUGCGGACAAGCAGGUCAAGCAAACCCAGACAGCCUCCGGCACAGAUACAACUUCAUUGCGGAUGUGGUGGAGAAAAUUGCGCCUGCUGUGGUUCACAUUGAACUGUACCGCAAGUUGACGUUUUCGAAGAGGGAAGUUGCCGUGGCGAGUGGCUCUGGUUUUGUGGUCUCGGAGGACGGGCUGAUUGUCACAAAUGCUCACGUGGUGGCCAAUAAGCACAGAGUGAAGGUGGAGCUGAAGAAUGGGGCCACUUACAAUGCCAAAAUCACGGACGUGGAUGAGAAGGCGGACAUUGCACUAAUUAAAAUAGACACUGCGGCUAAGCUGCCUGUUCUGCUGCUGGGCCGAUCAGCUGACCUGCGGCCGGGGGAGUUUGUGGUGGCCAUCGGGAGCCCCUUCUCCCUCCAGAACACAGUGACCACCGGCAUCGUCAGCACCACCCAGCGAGGAGGCAAAGAGCUGGGCCUGCGUAAUUCGGACAUGGACUACAUCCAGACCGACGCCAUCAUUAACUAUGGGAAUUCCGGAGGCCCUCUGGUGAAUCUGCCAGAUUCCACGCACAAUUCCUGCAAAGACACCUGUGAGCUGAGAUGGAUUUCUUUGCUUCUGAAGGACGGCGAGGUGAUCGGGAUCAACACUCUGAAGGUGACAGCUGGCAUCUCCUUCGCCAUUCCUUCUGAUAAAAUCAGGCAGUUCCUCGCAGAGUCCCACGACCGACAGGCAAAAGGGAUGACUGCACCAAAAAAGAAGUAUAUUGGAGUAAGAAUGAUGAGCCUCACUACCACGCUUGCCAGGGAGCUGAAGCAACAGCACAAGGAUUUUCCAGAUGUCACCUCCGGAGCGUACGUGAUUGAAGUCAUCUCAAAAACACCAGCUGCAGCCGGAGGGGUGAAGGAACACGAUGUGAUCAUCAGCAUCAACGGAAAGCUAAUAACAUCAGCCAGCGACGUUAGCGACGCCAUUAAGAAGGACAGCACCCUGCGCAUGGUGGUGCGCCGAGGGAACGAAGACGUCAUUCUGACCAUCAUCCCCGACGAGAUCGACCCCUGAUCGCAACUCUGAGCUGGUUCUCUUCUUUCACAGUGGACCCUUGUAGGACGUGACUGGGAGAACUCGACCCGUUAUAACUUGCCGACGGUCUUGCUCAUAAUACAGAGAACUGAGAUUGAUAUGCUGUGCAUUACACCGAUGUUUUGUUUUCCUUUUUUUUCCAUGUUUUUACUUGUUAAGGGAUUAAAUGCAUGAUUUGAAAAAUGUUAACUACUGUUAGAGAUAUACAAGCAGACAAUGUGUGUUUCUUUAUAUAUUUAUUAUAUAUAAAGAAUAUACUAUACUAAGUGGGCAUUUUUAGAAUGGUUUAUUGUUGUUUACAAAAAAAAUUGGUUGACAUCUGCAACUAAGGGGAAUAAAAUACUUUAAAAAGA